AUGCAUCCGAUUAGUGCGGCCAUAGUGUGCCUCAGUGUUUUGGGGGCAGUAAAGUUGCUGUCUCUCCCCUUGUUCUGGGGACUCCCGGUGGGCCUGGUGCUCUGUAUGGCCUCAAGGGAUUUCUAUCAGUUCAUUUAUGUGGCUGUACGCACCAUCAAAAGAGACUUAAUGUGUCUGGUUGUCAUACUGCGAGUGAGGUUUUCCAUGAAGAAUAAUCUGCGAAAAAGAAGUACUAUCCCUUCCCUGUUUGCCCAGAUAGUGAAACGUUACCCCGACAAACCAGCCUUGAUCUACGAGGCCACAGGAGAGGUCUGGAGUUUCAGGGAGCUACAGGAGCGAUGCCAUGCUGUGGCCCACUGGGUGCUGGCACAAGGCUGGGCUGAGGGGGACGUGGUGGCCCUGUACAUGGAGAGCCGGCCUCUAGUGGUGGCUCUGUGGCUGGGUCUCGCUGCGGUUGGCGUGGAGGCCGCACUCAUCAACCACAACCUUCGACAGCGCCCCCUGCUGCACUGCGUCAGAGUGUCCGGUGCUCGGGCAUUGGUGUUUGGGACGGAGCUGACGGAAGCUGUGUCAGAGGUGAGCAGCUCUCUGCAGCCCGGCAUGGUUUUGUUCAGCUGUGGUGAGCAGCGGCAGGAGGAAGAGGAGGAAGAGGAGGAAGAGGAACUGAAGCUUUGCAGCCUCCGUGUCCAGAACCUGGACGCCCUGCUGGCCAGUUCACCCAAACACCCGCCAAACUACACGCUCAGGAAGGAAUUUAACGACAGACUCUUUUACAUCUACACUUCUGGUACAACAGGAAUGCCAAAGGCAGCUGUGGUGGUGCACAGUCGGUACUUUCGCAUCGCUGCUUUUGGUUUCCACUCCUUCGGCAUGCGACAUGAUGACAUCAUAUACAACUGCCUCCCCUUGUAUCAUUCUGCUGGAACCAUCAUGGGUGUAGGACAGUGUUUGCUCUUUGGUUUGACUGUUGUAAUCAGGAGGAAGUUCUCAGCCACUCACUUCUGGGAUGACUGUGUUAAAUACAACUGCACUGUGACCCAGUACAUCGGGGAGAUCUGCCGUUACCUGUUGGCUCAGCCGGUCCGCCCAUCUGAGGCGCAUCAUCGAGUCCGUGUUGCCUUUGGUAACGGCCUCCGUCCCUCUGUGUGGGAAGAGUUUGUCCAGAGAUUCAGAAUCCGAAGAGUUGGGGAAUUUUAUGGUGCCACCGAAUGCAACUGCAGCCUGAUCAACCUAGAUGGAAAGGUGGGGUCGUGUGGCUUCAGCAGCCGCAUCCUGCCCAACUUCUACCCCAUCAGACUGGUCAGGAUGCAGGAGGACGGGAAGCUGCACAGGGAUUCACAAGGACUCUGUGUACCUUGUCCUCCUGGAGAGCCAGGGAUGCUAGUGGGCCUCAUCAACCCUGCUGAUCCGCUCAGGAGAUUUGAUGGUUACGCUGAUCAGGAUUCCACCAAUCAGAAAAUAGCUCACAAUGUCUUGAAGAUGGGAGACUCUGCUUAUAUCUCAGGUGACGUGCUGGUGAUGGACGAAUAUGGCUACAUGUAUUUCAGAGACCGCAGUGGUGACACGUUUCGAUGGCGAGGGGAGAACGUGUCCACCACAGAGGUGGAGGGAGUCCUCAGUGGCCUGCUGGGACACUCUGAUGUUGCUGUCUAUGGAGUUUCUGUACCAGGUGUGGAGGGAAAGGCUGGCAUGGCAGCGAUCUCUCCCGCAGAAAGCCCGUUUGACAUUGAUGCAUUCACGACGGCUGUACAGAAAGCCCUGCCCUCCUACGCACGACCCGUGUUCCUUCGGCUCAUGCCAUCUGUUGACACAACAGGUACAUUCAAAAUUCAGAAGAUGCGGCUACAGAGGGAGGGAUACAGGCCACAAGAGACGAGUGAAGACAUGUAUUUUCUGAACAGUCGUGCCGGGAGUUAUGAGCCUGUUACUGAUGAACUGUACAGCGCCAUCAUGGAGGGAGAGGUGUGUCUAUGAGGCAGGAGGAUAGAUAGAUGGACUGUUGAAGAGGAUAGAACUGUAUAUUUCAAAGUGAAACAAAGAAAGAAAAUACACAGAUAUAUUUCUCAACCAGUAAUGACUACAUCCUGAUAAACCCUGAUGACUCUGGAAACAUGGAUGUGUUACAGUAUUUUUAGUUUUUAACAUGGAUUGGAUUUCUGCAUCAAUAAGACAAACGUAUGAUAUGUGGAAUCGAUGAAAGAUCACACAAUUCUCCAUGGACUACAGUACUACAGUACUACUAGCUGUUUAUGAGGAAGCUGAAUCACACUCAUGUCCCGGAAUCCUAUGUAACAGCAAACUUAUCGAGGAGUCAUUGCCCAGAUUUGGCUUACAUCCUACAUCCCACAUCAGGCCCACAAACAAUGUGACAUGAUGGCACUUGAGCAGCCUGCCCAUGUUUGCCAGAUCUGGGCCAAAAGUCAGCCAUAGCAAUACCGCAUGUCAACCAAAGGUGAAAUUAUAAUUAGUUCUUUGCUAUUUUGGCCAUAUUCACCAUUUACAAUAUGGGCCACUUAAGGUUCACAUCCAGAUUACACCUUGCCUAGAGCACUAUAUGUUUGCUGAAAUAGGCCCACAUUUGUUUUGGAAUAUUUGGGCCACAUUUGCAAUGGCUCACAGACAUUUUGUUGGUGCCAUAAGAAAGCCAGAAGAGCAGCAUGUCUCCCUGAAGUGACCCACAGCCGUAUGCUGUCUGGGAAAGGUCUGUGGCUGCACAGCUGAGAAAAGAAAUCCUUCCUCUGGAAGGAUUUGGAAGUUAAUUGGUUAAUUUAAACCCAUCACAGAGGACAACAUUAUAUUACAUUACAUAUCAUUUAACUGAUGCUUUUAUUCAAAAGCUACUGACAAUAAGUGCAUUCAACCAUGAGCGUACAAACCCAGAACAACAAGAACCAUGCAAGUACAAUUUUAAUAAUUAAUUAACCAAGGUGUAGUCGGAAGAGAUGUGUCUUUAGUCUGUGGCGGGAGAUGUGUAGACUUUCAGCAAACAGUCAUGAUUUUGUUGAGUGGACAGACUGUGUGAAACUUCUGUAUUGUCCUUAUUAUGAAACAAUAAAUAAAUAUGAAUAAAUAAUAAAUCCAUAUUACAUGCAAUGUCAGUUCAAAUUCUGAUUCUAGCACUGAUGAUAUAAUGGU